AUGGCUGAGCGGAAGUUAGAAAGUACAAUCAAGAAGCUAAAACAAGAUGGUCUCUACCAAGCCUACGGCGACGUCUUUCAGGAUUGGUUAAACGAUGGUAUAAUAGAAGAACUUUCUAACAAUGAAGCAAAGGAUUAUGGACAUUACCUGCCACACAGACACGUAGUUAAGGAAAACAGCACGACUCGGAUUCGCCCAGUUUUCGAUGCAUCGUCAAGAGAAAGAGGAAGUCCCUCGUUGAAUCAGUGCCCAGAGACGGGACCAAAUUUCAUCAAAUUGGUACCCGAAUUGCUGCUGCGAUUCAGGCUGCAGAAAUUUGGAGUGAUAACAGAUAUACGAAAGGCAUUAGCGUUUUGA